AUGCAAUGGUACCAGAUAUUCCAGGACGGCCCCGAAUACGAAGCCAGGAGACAGAAAUCGACCUUCAUCCUUUCUAACCUGGCGCUGAAGGAUGUACAUGCCGCUGUCCCCAAGCAUCUAUUCCAGAGGGAUACUUUGAAAAGUCUCUACUACAUUCUCCAGCAUCUGGCAUUCACGUAUGCCUUCUAUAUGCUCGGGACGCGGAUCGACGGUUUUGUCUGGUCACUUGGAAAGACAUAUGCGAUAGGACCCGCCGUCGGAGUCCUGCUCAGGUCAGUGUUGUGGGUUAUCUACUGGUUCUGGCAGAGCAUUGCUUUUGCUGGGAUCUGGUGCUUAGGGCACGAGGCGGGACACGAUGCCUUAUCGCCCUACCCGCUCUUUAACGCGGUUGCAGGUAUCAGCUUACAUACGUUCAUUUUGGUCCCUUACUAUGCUUGGAGAGUGACACACCGGACACAUCAUAAAUCAACCAACAACCUUGAACGUGAUGAGACGUACAUCCCGCCGACGCGAAAAGAUCUCAAACUACCUGACGGCAAGGUAGCUGUAAAAAUGGACUACAAAGAUAUCAUCGAAGAAACACCGGCGUACACGCUCUUCAAACUUGUCGUGCGGCAACUUUUAGGCUACCAGCUAUAUUUGAUUCAUAAUCGGAAGGGCAACCCGAAAUAUCCGAAAUGGACCAGUCACUACAAGCCGUCGUCCCUCAUUUUCAAGCCUGAGCACCAUCAAUCCAUAAUCCUAUCGGAUAUUUGCAUCGCUAGUAUGCUUACCAUUUUGGGUGUUUGGACGUACAAGUCGGGAGGAUCUUUUGUUUGGAAGCAUUACUGGGUCCCUUGGCUGGGCACGCUGUUUGCAUUGUGGAGAUCUUUUCGGCAGUGCACUUUCAUUGAAGACGACGGAGAUGUCGUGUUCUUCAAGAACCAGCAAGGCGAGGCCGUUCGCCAAGUGGGAUCUGCAGGCAUUGCGGAUGCCCAGUAG